AUGUCUAGUACAAGAAUACCGUCCCCUGCUCAUUCUCAAGGUGUCAUAAGUACACCGAGACGGCACAGGUUCAGAGCAUCUCGCAGUGUUGGGUCCCCAGCUCGAUCAAACACUUCAGCUAAACUAUCAACCUUGGUGCAAGAACAUAAAAUGGAUUCCUUUAUAUUAUCACCUCUUCAUACCAGGAGGUCUGUACUAUCAGAUAAAACAGAUAUUGAAGUGCCUGGACGUAAAAGUUGGUGGAAGGGAUUGGAAGGAAGCUCAAGGGAUGUGAUGGAAUUUAUGGAGAGUGAAGAACAAGGGCAGGCUGAAAAUGUAGAGGAACUUAUUGAUGCUGAUAUUUUAAGCCAGGAGAAAAAAAAUUACACAAUUGAUCUACCAGAAAGUAGUGAUGGUGAAUCAAUAAGUAGUAUUGUUAUUCCACAGCGAAAACUGUUCACACAUAAAGAUCAAGCGCUAAAAGUGUUCAAGCACAUAGACAUGGAAAACAGAGAAAACUUGCCCCAAUUGCACAGAAGCAAAAUUAACUAUGAUAAUACUGUUAAUGUUGGGAAAAAAGAUCUAUUUAACAGAGGUAAUAGGGAACGAACCAAACCCGCAUUCCCAACGGCUCUCCUCAAUAUAUCCGCAAAUAAAACGGUAUCGAAUAAAAGGGAUAAAGACAUCUCGAAACAAGGCCAAGUACGCAACCUAUUCGGAAACCGACCGGCGGCUAAAAGAAAGAAUAUGUUCGCCGAAUUCAUUGUAUCGGAAAGCGAAGACGAAAUUUCAGACAUUCAACCCAAAGUGUUCGGAUUCGCGAAAAACAGUGAACAACAAAGACUUAGAGUUUCCUCUUCACAACGUGUUCGAGAAACAUCUCCUACUUCCGAUGUAACCGAUAUAGAAAUGGACGAUUGGAAACUACUGCCUUCAUCAACCAUGGUUGAAAAUCACUUUGGCCAUAUUGAAAGCCAUACUCCAGUUAAAAAGGCUAGAUUAAGCAAGCUCAACGAAACAGUUGAAACUGCUAAAGAAAGCAAUGAUAUAACAAGGAAUAAAACUAAUCAAACGAGCAAGUCCAUAGCAAGGAAGAGUGUAUCGAAAACGUCUAAGUUUAGAAAUGGUGAGGAAUUCUUUGAAUCGCCACUUUCCGAAGAUGAUGUAAUUGACAAAGAAAAAAGUGAUACCGAACAGAAUACAAUUGGAAAUAAGCAAAAUGAACAAAAAGAAAAAUCUUCAAGCCCUGGAAUUUUAGAAGUGGAACCAAGCAAAUUGAUAGAUACCAGAAGAUAUGAAAGUGAUGAUGAAAAAAAUGACUCCAACAAUGUUAAUGAUAAAAAUAAUGUUACUCUCAAAGAAAACAGUGUUAAUGGAGUUGAUGUUGCUGAUAGCGGGAACAGAGAUUCUGAGAAACAAGAAAAUGAAAAUAUUUCAAUGAAUCUUCGCAUAGAACAAGGUGAUUCAAAAAAAUUUGAUGCUUACGAACAUAUAAGUGGUGAUAAUGAAAUAAGCCAAAAGAUUGCUGAAAAUGGUGAAGAAAAUGUACAGAAUGAAGAAAAACAUGACGGCGAGGAAGAUAUUGAAGAGGAGUAUGAAUCGGGAGAGAAUUAUGAUAACCAGGACGAAGAUGAACAAGACAACGAAGACGAAAAUAUUCAAGAGGAAUCUGGUGAACAACUUAAAAAUGUUUCCAACGAUGAGGAGAGGAUAAUCGAAGACAGUAACCCCGUCAGUGACGAGGAAAAUGAAUUUGGCGUUGAUAAUCAAGACCAACAGAAUGAUGGUUGUGACGAAAAAAAUAAUCAUAAUCCAGUUGUUUCGGAUAACAAUCAAGAUAAAAGUAAGCGCGACAACAAAACCGUCAGUCGCGAGAUUUCAGUUAAUUUGCGCAGUGAAGAUGCCACAGUUCACGAUAGAACGAUACGGGACAACGCGCAAGACAAACACAGCUCUAAGCACGACACCUCCGUUAAAAGUAGGGGACGCAUCGAGCUCGUGAUGAAAUCUCCGGAAGAAGUGUUGAAUUACGUGGCGAACGAUAUGCAGUCCUUCUCGGCUGGGGGUCGCGAGAUGAGCUCAAGGAAGACACGGAGCGUCAUCAGAAUGAACGAACCGAGGCCGAGUCUGGCUCCCCUGAGAGAGAGCACCGGAAUCCCCGACGGGACGAGGGACUCUAGCGCGGAACGCUCCGGCUGGGAUUCCCACAGGACCACAAGGAAGACUCUCCGCCAAACGUUCGGGAAGGAUUUCACGCCGAGGAAGUCUCUACGUGCCCUCGUAAUGGAGAAAUCAGCAAAGAGACACACACAUGCCUUUAACGCGACAGCGAAGACGCCCCAAGCAUCCUCCACCAGACUGCCGGAGAGCAUGCAUGUAGAAUCCGCGAAGGUCGAUGACGUCAUCGAUCCCCGGAGUGAACUGCGUGAAGAAACGGCAAACCGUAAGACAAAUGACAAAGUGACGGAAGCGAAUGAAGUAAACAGGUUUUCUCACAGUUCGAGCCAUGACGCAUCGAAACAGAGGUAUUCGAUGGAUAGUGAUGCGCGUGAGAAGUUGCCACAGGACGAUGUUGACGAAGGUGGGGAAACUAUAGACGAUAGGAGAGAUUCUCAUGGCCUUGGUGAAGUUGACGAAAGCGAUGAUGGAAGAACAUAUUCAAAUGAUGUUCAAGAUCAGGAAAGUGCUUCAGAACGGGAAGAUUCUAGAGAUAUUGAAGGUGAGAAGAGUGGUGAUGAGGGAGGAGAUUCUCAAAAUAUGAAUGAAGGUGUGUUAAGCGACGAAGACGGGGCCGAUUCUAGCGAUAUAGAGGGUGCGGAAAGCGAUGAAGAUAGGAGAGACUCUCAUGAUAUCCAAGAAAGUGAUCAAAGCGGCGAGGAAGAAAACCUAGAUUCGCACAUAUCUGCAAUAAACGCGUCUGAAAAAAGAUACUCGAACAUUAGUGCACAAGGGCAACCGUCAAACAUGACCAAGGAAUCGAACCAUGACGAUUCUAGAAAAAGGCGAAGGAGCGCUUUAGAGCUGUGUCUGCAGACGCUGAAACAAAAAAAUCUAGAAAAUCGACGUCAAGCGGUGGCAAAGAUCGAGACCUCUUUGAAAGCGACGCCGCGGGAAUCUUUGGACCCCUUCAAAGUGCCUCGAACACCAAACGCCCUCCGCCGCGUAAAAUCCGGUCCCGCUAAGCCCAAAGUCAGAACGAUCAAGCGGACUCUUCUGGGGGUCGAGAACUUACCCCCGGAAUUCCUGGAGGAUCUAAAUUACAAACCGCCGCGACGCUACAGGCCCGCAAACGCGUCCUGGAUCACCAAGAGGCUCUACAAUUACCUGGAGGCCAAGUUGGAGCCGAAAUACGACUAUAAGGCGCGUGUCCGCGCGGAGAAGUUGGCCGAGGGGCUGUACGAGUUCGCCAAGGAGGCGCGCAGGCGGAAAGUCGCCGACGCCAACUCCGUUGAGGCGCUCAAACGAGAGAUGGCGCGGCUUGGGAUAGUCGCCACCCACCUCGACUUCUAUCAGUUCUUCCACGAGUUCAUGCCGAGGGAGAUUCGCGUCAAGGUUGUACCAGACGUCGCGAAUAAAAUAUCGAUGCCGAAGCAUGGAGUGUUCUCAAAUAUUAUUGUA